CGGCGUCUCAGGCUCCGGGGCCCGGCGGCCGCGGCUCUUUUGUUUCCUCGCCGGAGCUCGAUUCGGAUCCCGAGUCCGAGUCCGACCCGGGUCGGGAUCGGAAUCGCGGUCGGAUUCGGAGCCGGAGCCGGAUCAGCAGCCCGGGCGGGAGCGGGCCGGGCCUGCCGAUGGCGCGCGCCCCCCGCCCGCCGCCCCCGGCCCGCGCCGCCUGAGCCCGCCCGCCCGCGCCAUGGAGCCCGGCCGCGGCGGCCUGGAGGCCGUGGGCAAGUUCGAGUUCUCGCGCAAGGACCUGAUCGGGCACGGCGCCUUCGCCGUGGUCUUCAAGGGGCGCCACCGCGAGAAGCACGACCUGGAGGUCGCGGUCAAGUGCAUUAACAAGAAGAACCUCGCCAAGUCCCAGACGCUGCUGGGGAAGGAAAUCAAGAUCCUCAAGGAAUUGAAACAUGAAAACAUCGUGGCUUUGUAUGACUUCCAGGAAAUGGCCAAUUCCGUUUACCUGGUCAUGGAGUACUGCAACGGCGGGGACCUGGCUGACUACCUGCACACCAUGCGGACGCUGAGCGAGGACACUAUCCGGCUCUUCCUGCAGCAGAUCGCGGGCGCCAUGCGGCUGCUGCACAGCAAAGGCAUCAUCCACCGUGACCUAAAGCCCCAGAACAUCCUGCUGUCCAACCCCAGCGGACGCCGCGCCAACCCCAACAACAUCCGCGUCAAGAUCGCCGACUUCGGCUUUGCCCGGUACCUCCAGAGCAACAUGAUGGCGGCCACGCUCUGCGGCUCCCCCAUGUAUAUGGCCCCUGAAGUCAUCAUGUCCCAGCACUAUGACGGGAAAGCAGAUCUGUGGAGCAUCGGCACCAUCGUGUACCAGUGUCUGACCGGGAAGGCGCCCUUCCAGGCCAGCAGCCCCCAAGAUCUGCGCCUCUUCUAUGAGAAGAACAAGACGCUGGUCCCCAUCAUCCCUCGGGAGACCUCAGCCCCACUGAGACAGCUGCUCCUGGCUCUGCUGCAGCGAAACCACAAAGACCGCAUGGACUUCGAUGAGUUUUUCCAUCACCCUUUUCUUGAUGCCAGUGCCACUGUGAAGAAGUCUCCACCUGUGCCUGUGCCCUCGUACCCCAGCUCGGGGUCUGGCAGUAGCUCCAGCAGCAGCUCCACCUCCCACCUGGCCUCCCCUCCGUCCCUGGGGGAGAUGCAGCAGCAGCUACAGAAGACGCUGACCUCCCCAGCCGACGCCGCCGGCUUCCUGCAGGGCUCCCGGGACUCGGGCGCCAGCAGCAAGGACUCCUCCUGCGACACUGAUGACUUCGUCAUGGUCCCGGCCCAGUUUCCAGGUGACCUGGUGGCCGAGGCGGCUGGUGCCAAGCCCCUACCAGACAGCUUGAUGUGCAGUGGGAGUUCGCUAGUGGCCUCGGCUGGCCUGGGGAGCCAUGGCCGGACCCCGUCUCCCUCCCCGCCCUGCAGCAGCUCCCCCAGCCCCUCAGGCCGGGCCGGCCCGUUCUCCAGCAGCAGGUGCGGUGCAUCUGUCCCAAUCCCAGUCCCCACUCAGGUACAGAACUACCAGCGCAUUGAACAGAACCUGCAGUCGCCCACCCAGUGCCAGGCCCAACGGUCUUCCGCCAUCCGCAGGUCGGGCAGCACCAGCCCCCUGGGCUUUGCACGGGCCAGUCCGUCGCCCCCAUCCCACGCCGAACACGGAGCUGCCCUGGCCAGGAAGCUGUCCCUGGGUGGGGGCCGGCCCUACACACCGUCUCCACAAGUUGGAACUAUCCCUGAGCGGCCGGGCUGGAGCAGGGCGCCCUCCCCACAAGGAGCAGAGAUGCGGGGUGGCAGGUCCCCUCGUCCAGGCUCCUCCGUGCCCGAGCAUUCUCCGCACACUGCUGGGCUGGGCUGCCGCUUGCACAGUGCCCCCAACCUGUCUGACCUGCACGUUGUCCGCCCCAAGCUGCCCAAGCCCCCCACGGACCCGCUGGGGGCGGUGUUCGGCCACCCUCAGGCCAGCCCCCCCCAGCCGUCCCAUGGGCUGCCGUCCUGCCGGCCCCUGCGUGGCUCACCCAAGCUGCCUGACUUCCUGCAGCGGAACCCCCUGCCACCCAUCCUGGGCUCUCCCACCAAGGCCAUGCCCACCUUCGAUUUCCCCAAGACCCCCAGCUCCCAGAACUUGCUGACCCUCCUGGCCCGGCAGGGUGUGGUCAUGACGCCGCCUCGGAACCGGACACUGCCCGACCUCUCAGAGGCCGGGCCCUUCCAAGGGCAGCAUCUGGGCCCUGGCCUGCGGCCCUCUGACGACACCAAGGGCCCCUUCGGCAGGUCACUCAGCACCGGCCGCCUCACUGAUCUGCUCCUCAAAGCUGCGUUUGGGACGCAGGCCCCCGACUCGGGCAGCACGGACAGCCUGCAGGAGAAGCCCAUGGAGAUUGCACCCUCUGCUGGCCUUGGAGGGAACCUGCACCCUGGAGCCCGCGCUGGGGGUGCCAGCAGCCCGGCGCCAGUGGUGUUUACCGUGGGGUCACCCCCCAGCGGGAGCACACCACCCCAGGGCCCCCGUGCCAGGAUGUUCUCAGUGGGCUCCUCAAGCUCCCUCAGCUCUGCCGGCUCUUCCUCUGCCCGCCACCUGGCUCCCGGGGCCUGCAGCGAGGCCGUCCCUGAGGUUCCUGGCCACUGCUGCACCUUUGCCGACCCUGUUGCUGCUAACCUGGAGGGGGCUGUGACCUUCGAGGCCCCCGACCUCCCCGAGGAGACCCUCAUGGAGCAAGAGCACACGGAGAUCCUGCACAGCCUGCGCUUCACGCUCGUCUUUGUCCAGCACGUCCUGGAGAUCGCCGCCCUGAAGGGCAGUGCCAGCGAGGCGGCUGGGGGGCCCGAGUACCAGCUGCAGGAGAGCGUUGUGGCCGACCAGAUCAGCAUGCUGAGCCGCGAGUGGGGCUUUGCAGAACAGCUGGUACUCUACCUGAAGGUGGCUGAGUUGCUCUCCUCAGGCCUGCAGACUGCCAUUGACCAGAUCCGGGCUGGCAAGCUCUGCCUGUCGUCCACCGUGAAGCAGGUGGUGCGGAAGCUGAAUGAGCUGUACAAGGCGAGCGUGGUGUCCUGCCAAGGCCUGAGCCUGCGGCUGCAGCGCUUUUUCCUGGACAAGCAGCGGCUCCUGGACCGCAUCCAGAGCGUCACUGCCGAGAAGCUCAUCUUCAGCCACGCGGUGCAGAUGGUACAGUCGGCCGCCCUGGAUGAGAUGUUCCACCGUCGGGAGGACUGUGUCCAGCGCUACCACAAGGCCUUGCUGCUCAUGGAGGGGCUACAGCACAUCCUCACGGAUCAGGCGGAUGUGGAGAACAUUGCCAAGUGCAAGCUGUGUAUCGAGCGGAGACUCUCAGCCCUGCUGACCGGCAUCUGUGCCUGACCUCCUGGAGGCCGGCCUGCCAUCCCAAGGGGCUGGACCCUCUCUGCCGAUGCCACGAGGUGGGGCGUGGCAUGCUGGCCGGGCUUGAGGGGACAAUCGUGUGGCCUUGGCACUGCUUGAUGGUGCCCAGGAGAAGACUGAGGCUCCCUGCCCAGGGUCUCGAGCCGGGCCUCAAGCUGUGUCUCCAUUGCCCGGGCUCCACAGCAGUGGGCUGACUUCAGGGCACUGGAGGGCCAGCACAGAACUCCACCCAGGCCAGUCCCUUGGCCUUGCUGAUGGGCAGAGCUCCCAGCCGGCAGUCAAAACUUCUCUCCCUCGGCUGCCUUGAUGGCAAGUGGGGGUGCUUGGGCAUCCCCCCACCCUGCUGAGGACAAGCAGAGGCCCUGAGACAGUGAUGCCCGGUCAAGCCAAAGCUGCCAGAUCUGCCCAGGGGCUCCCCCCAGGAAAAGGUGUGGCGUCCUGGCUCCCCCCUCUCCUUCCCCAAGACCACCCACCCAGCUUUGUGAAUCACCCAGCACUUUAUGCAGGCGGACUUGAACCAGGGCUUUCAGCCCAGUCCUGGUUGUUGCACUACGAGGCACGUGUACAUAUCCAUAUCCACGUAUAUAUAUAAAUAGUCCUGUGAGCGUGUGCGAGCGUGUGUGUGCGUGUGUGCUGUGCCUGCUGCCCGGGACUGUCUUGGGAGACACAGCUGUCUUAUUUAAAUGUUCUUUUAGGGACGGACAGUAUGAAGCACCAGGCUUUCUAAACUCAGAAGCAGAUGUUGCAGCCUUUCACACUUUACUCCUAAAAUGUGUCUUAUUUUUUGCAGCCCCUUUUUUGUUAGAGAUGAGAACUCAAAGGUGUGUAGGCCGUUUUGUUUUGGAAAGGUCGGGCCUCAGCACUGCCCUGGCUGCUAAGGCAGGAGCGGGUGGCAUCGGGCACGUGUGCAUCUGGGGGUGGCCAGCUGUCCCGCCUUCUAGCCCUGUGAGGCAGCCCUGCCCCUGCUGUGCCCUCCCCGCCUGCGAAUGGCGGGCAGGUGAGCGGGAGUGUUUUGUGCAAAAACCUCCCCCAUCCAGCUUUCACAGUAGGUUUGAUGUCAGUGUGCACCCCCAGGUCCUGGCCGCCAUCGAGGGGGUCAGUGGGGAGGCCCGCCUUCCAGGCUCGGGGACCUUCCCGGUCUGCCCAGCUCUGCCUAGCCCCCUCACGUGGAUCCCCAAGAGUGUGGAGGAAGGCCGUGCGAGUCCAGGCGCCCAUGGCGGGAGUGCACGGUCUUAAGACCACAGACGCCAAGGUCUCCCUGCGUGUCUCUGCAAUACUUGAAAUGUCGCCACUGUGCUUGGACUUAGGAAAGCCCUGUGACGUGUGUCUUUUCUCAUCACGCGGUGACUUUACUUUUUCCUUGCUGCACAGAACAUGCUCGUAUUUAUUGCUUUAUCGUCGGCUGGAGUCCAGGGUGCUGGAGGCUGCAGCCUCAAAAGAGGCCUCGCACAGCUUCCUGUCCUUGUUCUCUGGUGGCCGCGUGUGCCCAGGUCAGUCUGGGGCCCCAGCCUCGGGCGCCACCAGCUGGUCCCAUUCUCUACAAGGCAGCACUCAGGCCUUGGUCUGCUUGAAAAGGAAUUUUGUGUGAUUUUUCCCCACUUGCAUUAAAUUGUGUAAUAGCAAUUUAAGGAAAUAAACCUUUGGAAUUGUUG